CGAGCUGCAUUUACUAGCAGUAACUGUGCCAGAAGGAAAAAGCGUCACCCUUUUUGACUCUGCAUUCAUCUCCAAUGAUUUCCCCUGAUUCCAACGCUGCUGUCCGGUCUUUCCUGGACAGCCAGUUUGCGACCGUCGACUCGUUAGAGCUACUAAAUGAGCUACUACAGGAAGAAGAGCUCACACACAAAUUGCUGCAAAACGAACUGCAGCAGGCCAAACGCAUAACCGCAUCACUGACCGCCGAGUCCCGGGCAAUUAUCGCCAAUGCACGCAACAAAUCCACCGACCUGCUCGCUGUACGCGGCACCCUUGUCACCGACACAGAAUUGCCAGAGCACUUUGCCGACAAGUCGGAGGCUAUGGCGCUGGUCAGCGUCCUGGCCGACGAGCUCCAUACAUACAAAAAGCUGCAGCGGGCCAAGACAUACAUCGACGCCGUGGUCGAAGUUGAGACAGUAAGGGACCAGGCGGCAAAGGCGAUUCCGGCAAACAUGCAAGGAGCAUUGGCCGCGUUCCAGCAAAUACUUGGGAUCCUUGGUAGGCGCUCAAAUGGCACACAGGUCCCGAAGCAUCUGCUGGAGAACCUGAAGGACACCGUGCGUGGCAUUUGGCAUGAUAUCGACAAGGCUGCAUCCGAUAGCCAAAGCGAGGCCCUGGGCAAAUUUGGGUGGCCGGGCAAGAUGAAUGCAACAGGCAGCGCCCUGGCUACGUUCAGUGCUGCAUUCUCCAAUUUGCUGACCCUGGAUCGCAUUGCCAGCGAAUCGGCCAGCGUCCUGAGUAUGCAUAGUCUGGAGCUGCGUACGGAUUCCUCAGCACCAUUACCCUUGCAACACAUAGCCCAGGCUAUUGAUAUCCGCAUGCGCUACCAUUUCGAAGGCAACCGCCAGACGAACCGCGCCGAGAAGCCCGAGUGGUGGCUCUCGCAGCUGCUUGUGAUGCUGCGCAACACUGUGCCAUUCCUUGAGACCCACGUCCAACAGCUCUAUGACAGCGUAUCCAUGGCCCAUCUAGACGUGCGCAAUGAGCUUAUUCGCCUGGUGACGCCGAUUGUGCAGCGCAAGCUGAUGCUUGACAAGCAGGCCUAUCUGGAUAACGGCCUGAUUAUUGCCCAUGUGGUUCGCGAGCUGCGCGACUUUGACACGACCCUACGCGAUGUGUAUUUCUAUGACGGGCCGAGUGUUUUGAACGAGUUUACCAGCGACAGCGAUGUGUUUGGCGCAUGGAUCGAGGCUGAGCGCGUCAAUGCGUCUGACUCAUAUAUGGAGGCAAUUCGCGACCCCAGUGCCUUUGAACUGGCAUAUGACGAUGAAAUGUUUGGGCCCGAGGAUGCCAAGCCGUCGCAUGUGUCGGAGCGUGUUGUGCAGCUGGUCGAGAACAUUACGGAGCGGUACUCAAUGCUUCCCAGCUGCAUGCAGCAAUUGGAGAUGCUGGCCACAACGCAGUUCCCAAUAGUCAUCGCGUUUGUCGAGGAUAUCGAGGCUGAGAUUGACGAGUUUAACCGCAUAUCUCUGGCGUUUAUGCGCGAUAACACCGGGGUCAACCAGACCCAAUCGCCUCUGUUUGCACAGCUGCGGCGCCUUGCAGCCUGGUACCAAGCUGUGUGGUAUGUUGAGGAAGCAGCCGACGAGUGGAACAACUCGACAGUGUUUGUCGACAUGUGGGCAGCAGUGUGCCGGUAUGCAGCCGUGCAGGACUUGAAUGCAGAUCCGAGAGACUGGCGUGAGUCAGUGGAUAUGUGGGGCGAGGCAGAUCAGGAGAUUUUGGACGCAGCAGACGACGGCGAGUGGACAGAUAAUGACGAGUGGCUGGACGGCGGAAUCUGGGAGCGCUCAGUAGCGACACUACGUGAAUUGCGCCAGCGAAUCAGCGAUCUAAUGAGCCGUGCUUUAAACAAGGAGGCAGUGAGCCAGCUGCGGGCAUAUCGCAAAGCCAACAGCUGGGCGCCAGAUACAGAAGACAAUAUGGCAACAGCCGAUUUGUCGCCUGAGCUGAGCAACUUUUUGCGCGAGCUGUCAGCUACUAUUGGCCGGAUCAAGACACUUGUGCCCGCGGCGGCUCGGAUCCGGAUCAUGCGUUCGUUAGCAGAGGAGCUGGACGGCUUCCUGGUACAAAAAGUUGCAACUGCGCAUCAAUUCAAUGCCCUUGGCGGGCACCGCCUCCUCAAGGAUGUCAACGCUAUCUCGCAUAUCCUUACCUCAGCCAAGCCAAGCACCAUGCCAUCAACAGCACUCCACAGCCGCACUCUGGUCAAGGCAAAGGAAUGCGCUCUAGCUUUAGCUUGCGAUUUAUCGGCCACCGACGUGUCUCCGACGGGAGAGUCCACAAUGCCGGUGCCGCUGGAGGAAUGGGGACCGAUAAUCCGCGACUCGUCGUCUGAUAAAACGGAAGCCGGUCUGCUGCUGAAAAAGCUUGGGAUCAAACACCUGUCGUUCAAGGAGGUUCAGCAGCUGGUCAACCGGCGCGGUGACUUCACUCGUCUCCAAGACAGCCCACAGUGAAAUGAAUUUCA